AGCGGGAGCAGAAGAAGAGAGGAGGCGGGACACGUGGGUUCGCUGAUUAGCUAGUAACUAGCAGCGGUAGUAGUUAGUUAGUCCUCCACAUCCGAAGAGCAGCACCGGACCGACUCCGCAUCAACAUCCACAAUGAACGGUUUAGACGAGGAAACCAUGGCGCCACAGACGUUCCUUUACGGCUGCGUGCUGGAAGCUGGAAAAGAGGUGGUGUUCAAUCCUGAGGAUGACGACUUUGAGCACCAGCUAGAUCUGAGGAUGGCCUGCGUGGACCCCGCCACAAAAGACGAACUUCACAUGGUGGAGGUGGAAGGACAAGACACAGAGGGUCAGAAAAUUAAGGCAGCACUGGUUUCACUGAAACCCUCGACCCUGCCCAGCGUUUGUCUCGGUGGCUUCACAAUCACACCUCCAGCAGUUUUCCGUCUCAAGGCGGGUUCUGGUCCGAUCCAUAUCAGUGGACAGCACCUCGUCAUGAUGGAAUCUGAGCAGUCUUUUGAUGAAGAAGAUGAUGAUGAGGAGGAGGAGGAAGAAGAGGAAGUCGCAACAUCGAAGAAGAGACCUGCUUCCUCUCCUGCGGUCAAGUCCCAGAAAAAGAUGAAAAUGGAAAUUGUGGAGGAUGACGAUGACGACGAUGAUGAUGAUGAGGAUGGUGAUGAUGAGGAGGAUGAGAGCGAGGAGGAAGAAUCGCCUGUUAAGGCCAAGCCAACACCAUCCAAACAAAAGACCCCUGCUCAGAAUGGCAAGAGUCCCAAACCCAACACUCCAGCUAAAAAACAGGCAACGCAGGAGAAGACCCCUAAAGGUAAAGGUACCAGGUCACCUAAAACUCCAACAACUCCCAAGGCAAUUCUCACAGUUCCUGAGAUUAAAGCCAAGAUUAUGGAGGCAGUUAACAAGGGAGUGACAUUACCCAAAGCUCAGCCCAAGUUUGAGAACUUCGUGAAGCACGGUUACAAAGUCUCUGAAGCCAAGGACGUUGCGGAGCUGUGGAAGUGGAGACAGGCGGUGACGGAUGCUAAAUAACAGCCUACACAACAGUUUUAUUAUCUCUUUUUAUGACUCGUUUAUAUCAUCGCAUCUCUGUAGCCACACUCGGUUCCUUCCAGUCGUCAUGAAUCCAUUCAAAGUCUUAUCCAGCCUCCGUCUGCCCUCCUGCAUGAAGAGACUGUACAGGUAGUGAUGUGGCUGACGAGCGUGCACGAUGAUGUUGCAUCAUGUUUCCACCUCCAUAUUUCUCACUGGGGCAGAGAUAUUAUUUGGUUUGUUGAAUAAACCCUAGGAGAAAAGACGUACAAAUUUGCAUCUUUGUAGAUGUGUAAAUAAAUUUCUCACUAGAUUUUUAAAUUUUUUUUUGGCAGCAUUGAAUGCAAAAACAAUUAAAAAAAAAAUACAUUUCAUUACACCUAAAAUGACACAGACUUGAAACAGGGCAGUUCAAAAUAACUUCUUUUCAUUCAAUAAAACAUCCGCUUUGGUGAGUUGCCACCAAGCACUUCAAAGAACUGCACUUUUUGGAAUGUGUUGACUUUUUAUGCUGCUGAGAUUCCUUCACAUGCUUUUUUUCAGUUGGAAGAUUUUGUCUGAAUUCAAAGGUUCUUGCCAUUUUCCUCCAUUUUACCGUCCGUACAUUGUCCACCAUUUGGUUUAAAGCUCCCAUCAACCUUUUAGAGCCAAGAGAAAUAAGAGCAGCACCUUCCACCUCUGCUCUCUUGGUCUAUCUGCUUUAUGUUGCCACGACUGCUGAUAUCCAACAGGCUAGAGUUUAAGUAUUUGCUCAUCGGGUGACAGACUGCAUGAAGGAAUUUGAAGGUUUGUUGUUUUUUACGUUGCUAAAUCUCUUCAAACCAGAUAUUGCAGGUGUGGAGAUGUUCUAUACAAUAAAAUCCCACCUGCUGUUAUAAUUCAGUCCAUUUCUCUUGAUCGUUUGAAGUUGAAUUGAUGGUGUAAAUGUUUGUGCAUUUGGCCUGUUAGAAGCAGCUCAUUCCAUGUUUGCAAGAAACUAAUGCGUUUGUUUGAUUUAAAUAUGCUUUGGGUGUAGGCUCGCCGUCAAUGAGAUUGAUUCAAUAAAGGAUAUGGCUUCAUUACAACUGUUCUGUUUCUGUGCAGCGAGAAUAAAAAGCUGUGGACAUGUUGAAGACAAA